AUGGAGUUUGUCGACGGACCGCAGGUGAAGAUGAGUGGAAUGAAAUCCAUGUCGGUCAGAGCAGGCUCAAAGGCUGUCUACGCUGCUAGUAUAGAUCGCAGGACGGGCUACGGUAGCUAUUCCGGACUGAACUUCGCCUCUGCCUCUGCGACGCUGCCGAUGAUGCGCGGACACGAUCGUCGAGCUACGGAGCCGGUCUACGCUCGCUAGGGCGGCUUCCGCACGAGUGUAGAAGUGACGGUGCAGUGCGCUCAAGAGCCAAGAAUCGCAGUUGGCUGGGCGGACGAUUUCGAGCCCAAAAUCGGCCGACG